CAUAACCCCCCUUACUCUCCCUCUGAUUGGCUAGUACUCAUUGUCUGCUCUGGUUGGGCGGGUACGAUUCAGGCAAAAUGAUUGGUUAAGGUAAGAUACGUCAGGCUAAGCCAGAGGCCGAGUAGGGCGGGGCAUGACUUCGCCAUCCUGGGAAAAGAUCUCCUGUCGACGGGGCUACUCCUACUCCGGCUACUCCUGCUCUCUCUGCUCUUUCUGCUGCUCUCUAGUCUCUUCCUGGAUUUGAAGUCAAUAGCUGAUACGUUCUGAAGAUGAGCUACCCAGGAUACCCUCCUCAGUCCGGUGGAUACCCACAACAGCCAGGGGGUUACCCAUCUCAACCAGGGGCAUAUCCACCCCAAGCUGGUGGCUACCCUCCUGCAGCAGGGGGCUACCCUCCUGCAGCAGGAGGCUACCCUCCAGCAGCAGGAGGCUACCCCCCACAGGCAGGCGGAUACCCACCUCAGGCUGGCGGAUACCCACCUCAGGCUGGCGGUUACCCUCCGGCAGCAGGAGGCUACCCCCCACAGGCAGGCGGAUACCCACCCCAGGCUGGCGGUUACCCUCCUGCAGCAGGUGGUUACCCUCCCCAGGCCGGUGGCUACCCUGCCCCAGCUGGAGGCUUCCCUCCCCAGGCAGGAGGAUACCCAGCACAGUCUGGAGCAGGAGGCUAUCCAUCCAUGCCCCCAGGAGGUGGAGGCUGGGGUGCAGCACCAGGCGGCCAAGGAGUGCCAGGAGGGGCUCAGCAGGGAUACCCAGGGGGCCCCGCCCCAGGCCAGCCCAUGCCAAAUUACCCAGGAGCCCCCGCAACUAACCCCUCAAUGCCUGGAUAUGGAGGUGGUGCUCCAUUCAACCCUCAGGCACCUGCUAUCUCUCAAGGAUACAGGGGUUCUAUAAAAGACUUUCCAGGAGCUGAUCCACUGAGAGAUGUUGAGGUUCUUCGAAAAGCUAUGAAGGGUUUUGGCACUGAUGAAAAAGCCAUUAUUGAACUUCUGGGAAGUCGUACCAACAAGCAGAGGGUUCCAAUGGUAGCGGCGUACAAAACAACUUAUGGGAAGGAUUUAUUUCACGAUCUGAAGUCUGAGCUCACUGGAAACUUUGAGAAACUUGUUGUUGCUAUGCUGAAGAGUCCUUCCCAUUUUGAUGCAUCUGAACUGAGAGAAGCUAUAAAGGGUGCAGGAACUGAUGAAGCUUGUCUGAUUGAGAUUCUUUCAUCACGCUCCAAUGCAGAAAUUCGGGAAAUCACCAGAAUCUACAAAGCUGAGUAUGGGAAGAGCCUGGAGGACGCCAUCAGCAAUGACACCUCCGGUCACUUCCGCAGACUUCUGAUCUCUCUCUCUCAGGGUAAUCGUGAUGAAAGGGAGACGGUUGAUGUUGCCUUGGCCAAACAGGACGCGCAGAAACUGUAUGCUGCUGGGGAAAAUAAAGCAGGAACUGAUGAGUCUCAGUUUAAUGCCAUCCUGUGUGCUCGCAGCAAGCCUCACCUUCGAGCGGUUUUCCAGGAGUACCAGCAGAUGUGUGGAAGAGACAUUGAGAAGAGCAUCUGCAGGGAAAUGUCUGGCAACGUGGAGUCUGGCAUGGUGGCUGUGGUGAAAUGCAUCAGGAACACCCACGCCUACUUUGCAGAACGGCUCUACAAGGCCAUGCAGGGAGCAGGGACCAAGGACACAACCCUCAUCCGUAUCAUGGUGUCCCGCUCUGAGGUAGAUAUGUUGGACAUCAGACAGGCGUAUGUGAAGGCUUACGGAAAAUCCCUGUACACUCACAUCUCAGGUGAUACCUCUGGGGAUUACCAGAAGUUGCUGUUGAAGCUGUGUGGAGGUAACGACUAAAAGAAAAGAAAGAUGACCCUCCAUACGGACAAAAUAUAUGUCCACACUAAAAGCGUUGUUUUAGGACCAUAUAUCACCUCCGAUGCAUGCAGUUGAAGUUAGUUUUCCUGUGAAAACAGCCAAUCAUUUUUAUUCCUUUUGUAAUCUCUUUAGUGACAUUAUAGAUUCAUAUUUAGCUACUGUUUGUAGUAGAUGAUUGCCAAAAAGUAAAUAUAUAUUACUAAGACGAUAUUUUUUUUAAAGACACAGUAGAUGGCUUUGUCAUUAUUGGGUAAAAGGUGGGGUCAUAAAGCAAAAAGUGGAUGCCCGAAAAUCUCCUACUUAACUACAUAACUAUGCUAACUAUAUAAUAGAAUAGUAUUUAAAAUUGCUAAACUAUAGUUAUCAUAAAGGAAAACCUUUAUUUGGAAGAAUAGCUUCCGAAAAAUUGAAGAAGUAGAACAAGCCGAGUGUCUAAUAUACAAAGUACAUAUAAAAGGAACUAUUUAGCACAUGCACUUCUGUGUUACUGAGGUGAAGUGUACCUCACCGCCACUGUGUCAAGUUAAUAUAUAUACUGAGACUAAGUUUCAGCAAAUUACGCAUGAGCAUAUAUAUAUAUGACCAUUUAAUGCUUGUUAAACUUGUGACUAUUACAUUCUAUGCAAAUUAGCUUUUCACAUUACGGUAUAUUCUCUAUAUCAGCUUUUACAAAACUCUUCUGUGUUCUUGAAAUGAAAACCUUUUCCAAUCGUUGUUCAACAUUUGCAGACAAUGUUGCCUUUUUCCUGAAUGCUGAAAAGCCAAAGCCCAAAGACAGAUGAUCUUGUGCCUUUUGUCAGGGCUUCCCCUGUGCUCUCGCAAACAAUAUAUAAUUAUACAUGCACGGCUGCAGGAAUGUGAUCCUUUCCAUUGUGUAGUUGUUGUUUAUUUGUUUACAUUUUCAUAGUCCUUUACCGGUUUGUAUGUUCUACUGCCUGUGGAGGGCUCUUGAUUCUGUUGGCAGUUUGCCUUUAAGCUAAAUAUCUGUUGCACCUACUCUACUUUGUAAGCAUACUUUUCACAUAAUGAUGGUUAAAAUACAACUGAUGCCUUUUUAAUGUUCAUACAUAUUGCCAUGUCAUAGUGCCAGUCUCCUGAGACUUUACAAAAGAGCUACCUUUCAUUUAAAUAAAAAAACAAACAUUGUGGCAUA